AUGCUGGUGACUCUCUGUGGUCUCAUCACUGCUCUAACAUGUGUGAGUGCUGUGACGGUGCUGACACAGAAACCUCCUGUUUUAUCAGCGAGGAAAGGAGAGACAGCCACCAUGGACUGCAACCUGGGGACUGUUACAGACAGUGGUGCUCGUUGGUAUAAACAGAUUCCAGGAGGAGUUCCUCAGUUUGUGCUCUAUUUUCAUUAUAGCAAUUGUGGUCCACGCUAUGGUUCUGGGUUCUCCGCACCAAAAUUCACAUCCACUCAUCAGCCAACAUCAGAUUAUCAUUUGAUCAUCAAAAAUGUGGUUUAUUACUGCAAGACGUGGGACUACUCUGUUAAUGAUGUGGUAUUCGGACAAGGCACCAAGCUGAUUUUAACAAACUCCAGCCUCCCUCCUCCUGCCCUGACAGUCUUCCCUCCGUCCAGUGCUGAGCUCCGGUCCAACACAGCUUCUCUGGUCUGUCUGUCCAGUCAGUCUGUGCCUUUUGCAGAUGUGAGCUGGUUGGCUGCUGGGAGUCCAGUGAGCAGUGGGAUCUCUACCAGCACUGCUGUUCAGAGACCAGACCAGACUUUCCAAAUCAGCAGCUCUCUGACCAUCCAGACAUCAGACUGGAACAUGGAUAAGGUUUAUACAUGUAAAGUGUCUUUGGCCUCAGAGACUUCAGAGAAAACCAUCAAGAAGUCAGAAUGUCCCACUGAAUAGUCAAGGACCAGAGUGCACAUUUAAAAUCUGCUUCUUUACUGCUUGUGCUGUUUGCUCAUUACAGUCUUUACAUGUUAGAAAUCUGAAUAAAGCAAAAGGUUUAAAUCAUGUAUUAAUUUGCUGGUCAUUAACAAGUAUUUUCAGGAAUCAUGUCUUGCAUUAAAUUAA